UGGGCUGUUGUUUGACUAACCCUGUAGUCUCUUAAUUUAACAAUGUUUAAACAGGUGUUGACUCCCACUAGGGGUUAAACUCAUUGAGGGUUAUCAAGUUCAGACAUCCGUUUCUGGAAAGCAGUGGCGCCAGAAUUGAACAGCAGACCGUAAAAUAGCAAUAAGCAGACGGACGAUCAAGCCCUUUCUGCACUGCUAUUCUCUGGUCGUUACGCAAGAAGCAUGACGUCGAAUUGUCGUGUUACAAAACGAAAUCACAAACACUGUUCAUACAAGGCACUUUGUACUAGGUAUGCCUACAUGAAGUAGGAGUCGGAACAGUAACGCAUAUCCACAUUCUACUACUGGUUGGUUGAUAUCUUAUUCUUUCAGGGCUGGAACCAGAACUUAUUUAUGGUACAGAUGCUGACUGCUUUAUGAAGAAGAAAAAGUGAAGUCAAAUAAUGAUGAAAGUAUACUACGAAAUAAAAGCUAAUAAUAGUCUGUAAGGCCUAAUGGGGCCACGAAUUAUAAUGCAAUUAUAAUAAAGUAUUUUAUACAAUGAGAAAUAACAUCCUUUGUUUUAGGAGGAACGACAACAUUCCUUGGUUUGCAUGUUAUGUCUAACUUGCGAAAUAGUGUGUGUGUGUGUGUGCGCGUGUGUGUGAGUGUAUGUUAUUCUCUUUUCCAUCCAUGAAAAGCUGUUAUCAGACACAGCAGCCCAACUGUUCUCCUCUCCCGCAACAAGCCCUCCCCGUGGCAGUCCUUUCUGGCUCUCUCACAUGACCCGCCCACAGCGGCUGCCUGCCUUUGCUUAUAGCUUUGCCCUCCUCGACCCGGCCUGCCCCCUCAAGCCAAAGGCCUGCUCACCCCCUCCUCCCCUAACGCCAGCCACCCUAUUGUCCAUUGUUGGGAGUCUUUGGAGUCGCCUGGCCUCCAUCCUGGGCUCUGCAGACAUAUUUUUGAGCGGAGAGUGAAGGAAUGGACGGGACUGUACAUUGUGGUUUCCCCAGUGGUUCCAAGGAGGCACUGAUGGCCAGUCCGGGUCUGUAGAGGGGAGAGUCCUAAAUGUGGAAGAGCAGCAUUCGAAGGGGCCCUUGACCUCUCCGUCGCCCGCCUCCCCGACUGGGCCGGAGGGGAUGGAGCCGGAGCCGGACAGGCCCAGCAAGGCCCAGCAGCUGAAGAAGGUCUUUAAGGAGUACGGGGCCGUGGGGGUCUCCUUCCACGUCUGCAUCUCCCUCAUGUCCCUCGGGAUGUUCUACCUCCUCGUCUCCAGUGGCAUCGACAUGGCGGCCGUGCUCUGCAAGCUGGGCUUCAGCGAGGCCGUGGUCCAGUCCAAGAUGGCGGCGGGCACCAGUACCUUUGUCCUGGCCUACGCCGUGCACAAGCUGUUCGCCCCGGUGCGCAUCAGCAUCAGCCUGGUGUCGGUCCCCCUCAUCGUGCGCUAUCUGAGGAGGACUGGCCUCUUCAAGACCCCCGCACCUUGAUGAGGGUCCAACCCCCACCACCAACAACACCCCCCCCCCCCCUCGCGUGUGUGUGUGUGUGUGUGUGUGUGUGUGUGUGUGUGUGUGUGUGUGUGUGUGUGUGUGUGUGUGUGUGUGUGUGUGUGUGUGUGUGUGUGUGUGUGUGUGUGUGUGUGUGUGUGUGUGUUCAGUCAUAACCCUAUGCCUUCAAGUGCUUGAAUUCCAUGAUUUAGUCUCAGGUCUCGUUGCCAUUGUGAACCUUUAUGGGUGAAACAUUUGUGGUUUGUUUUUUUGUCUUGUUUUUGUGUUAGCACAGAGACAUAGCAAUAUCAACUUGUUUGUGUUCAUUUCCUUGCUUUAGCUAAAAAAAUCAAACGAAGAAGAAUGCAGUUUUAACUGCCCUGCUCAUUAUAUUGUGGUUGGAAAUGUUAUUUUCCUUGCUGGUGUGCAUUUAAAGAAAGAAAACGGUGGCUAGAAGUGGUCGAAUAUUUAUUUUCAAUCGCUUGUAAUAGCGUCUGUGUGUGGUGUACAUUUUUAAAAACAAGUGAAAAACGGCGUUGGUUCAUUCUUGACGGUGUCAUCAGUCCUUUUGUUGUAGCCUCUCAAAGCCCCCCCCCUGGGAUUGUUUCCCCACCUUCACCUUCCCCUAUAAGCUGACUCUGCCAUGUUCCGGCGGCCCAUGCAUCAGCAGAAUAAUUCAGGUUCUCUGUCCCCUACCUCUCACCCCCUUAUGCCUUCCACCUCUCUCGUCUUUCUCCAGAACUGGCUCCCUCGCUCUCCUUUGCUGUAUCUCUUCCUUUGUCUCAACUCUUCCUCAUUCCAAACUUUUUUUGUCUCAGUCGCUUUUUUUCCCCUUUCUUCCCACCCUCCUCUGUUCUAUCUUAGCCAUUGUUUUCAUGUUUCUCUCUCUCUGAAGCAGCUCUAUUUCUGUUUCUUUCUCCCUCGUUACGCUUCCCGUCUGCAUUCCAGCGGCCAAGCAAUCCCAACUUGGUGUGCGUUAUUGUGUUGAUGAAGAUCAUGGUUCUAUACUAAAUGUGGGCAAACAACAAUACUACACGUCUAUUACUUAAUGACCCCAUUCGGACAUUGUGGUUGUACUUUUGAGCUUGUUUUUGAAAAUCGGAUUGAAGUUGUAUAUUAAAUAUUUAAAAAUGA